GACUCUUUGGGCAUUAUAGCCAAGAGCCGAGAUCCAGCGACAGCGACGACAAGUUUUCCGCGCACACGGAAAGUCAGCAAAGUUAAUACACCGAAAAUAUAUAUAGUUUCAAAUUCGACUAAUCGCUUCCAACGGAAAUUCCCUGUGAGUGCGCGUGUGUGUUGCGAUAUUUGCGAAAAAUCCAAAAGUUUCUACGCCAAACAAACAGCAAAAAGUCGCGCUUAAACUUUUUCGAAAUUAAAUAAAACACACACACGAAUUUCAGCCACGAAGAGGAAGAGAAGGCUGAAAAAGCGAAAAAAAAAACCUCGUGUGUGUGUGUGGUAGUGUGCAUGUGUGUUAGAGUAUCUGUGUGUGUGUGUACGUGUACGUGUGCAUGUCUCUCGGAGAGCGUGAGCUUAAAGUGUGCCUGUGUGUGUGUGCUUGCGAGCUGGAAUGAGACGCCAUCAAAGCUGAGCAGCGAAUAAUAAAAUGCAAAAUAAAAAUAGUGAUUAAUAACAGCAGCCAGAACCAGCAGCAACAACAAAUGCUAGUGCGGAAAGCGCGUACAAAAUAGUGAAAAUACUCAAAAAACAACAACAGCAACAACAAAUUGGUUGGAAAACGCAAAUGCCAGGCGAAACGCCCCCGCACCGACCCGCCCCUCAACACUUGCGCCCUUUAGUGCUUAGCAGCAGCAACAGCAACAGCAACAACAGCAACAAGAGUAGCAAUAGCAGCAACAUGAGCAGCAGCAACAUCAAAUGUUAGGCCAAAAUGCACAAACCGCCAGCAACAAAGGCAGCAGCAGCAAUCAAACGAAACAACAACAGCUCCACAUACCACAAAGAGUGGCACAUUAGAAGCGGCCAAAAGCAGCCAGCCGAGAGCAUUGUGUAAGCCAAAGGCCCAGAGAGCCAGGCUAAAAGCCCCCAGACGCACAACAACAGCAACAACAACAACAACUAAAACAGCACAAAGAGUGGCGAAAGGUGCACCCACCAGCAAAACAGCAACAACCAACAACAGCAAACAGCAGCCACAUUUCAGUUCCAGCUCCAGACUCCAGACUCCCAGGUUGCAGACUCCCCAAGCAAACAGACUCCAACCAAGUCCACGAUUCAGCUCCAGUUCCACAGAUCCAGCGAUCCAGCGAUCCACUGUUCCUGCGUGCUCGAGUGCCAUAGAUCCUCACCAAGUGCCAAAAUCCGCAUCCUGAUCCCGAGAGCUCAAGGCACCCCGGCCCAAAACUGAGCUGAGAACGAAGCGAAGGAAGUUCCUUAGUGCCAUAGAAAGCAGUGAAUGAAACAACGACUAAGACGAAGAUCGAGCAUCGACCAUCGACCAUCGACCAUCCGGAAAUUCGAACGAAAGAAAACAACAAAGUGCCUUCCAUCAAUCCGUUGAUAAGUGAUAUUUAUUAUGUUUAUACUUGCCAGCAGCCGAGGCAGCAACAGCAAUAGCAACAACCACAGGGGAUCACGGCAUCGAUGAUCAGACCACCACGACCAAGUCCUAGUGCAAUCCGGAAUCCAGUUCAAAUUAGUUCAGUAAGCCGUAACUAGCACGUAUAAUGUCCACAUCCACCGCCACAACGAGCGUCAUCACGUCCAACGAACUCUCGCUGUCCGGCCACGCCCACGGUCACGCCCACGGUCACGGGCACGCCCACCAGUUGCAUCAGCACACCCACAGCCGCCUAGGAGUUGGCGUCGGUGUUGGCAUCCUCAGCGACGCAUCCCUAUCGCCCAUUCAACAAGGCAGUGGCGGCGGCAGCGGAGGAGGAGGAGCAGGAGGCAAUACAAACAGUUCACCACUGGCGCCCAACGGAGUGCCACUGCUUACGACAAUGCACCGAUCACCGGACUCACCGCAGCCGGAAUUGGCCACCAUGACGAACGUCAAUGUGCUGGAUCUGCACACGGAUAACUCCAAGCUGUACGACAAGGAGGCUGUCUUCAUCUACGAAACACCCAAGGUGGUAAUGCCGGCGGAUGGCGGCGGUGGCAAUAAUUCCGAUGAAGGUCAUGCCAUCGAUGCGCGGAUUGCGGCCCAAAUGGGCAACCAAGCCCAACAGCAGCAGCAGCAACAGCAGACGGAGCACCAGCCGCUGGCCAAGAUCGAGUUCGAUGAGAACCAGAUAAUCCGGGUCGUGGGACCAAAUGGCGAGCAGCAGCAAAUCAUCUCGCGAGAGAUCAUCAACGGGGAGCAUCACAUCCUGUCGCGCAACGAGGCUGGUGAGCACAUUCUCACCCGGAUCGUCAGUGAUCCGUCCAAGCUGAUGCCCAACGACAAUGCGGUGGCCACGGCCAUGUACAACCAGGCCCAAAAGAUGAACAAUGACCACGGACAGGCGGUGUACCAGACAUCACCAUUGCCGCUGGACGCCUCCGUUUUGCAUUACAGUGGCGGCAAUGAUUCGAAUGUGAUUAAAACCGAGGCCGACAUCUACGAGGAUCAUAAGAAGCAUGCGGCUGCAGCAGCAGCAGCUGCCGGCGGUGGUUCCAUCAUCUACACCACCUCCGAUCCGAAUGGAGUGAAUGUGAAACAACUGCCCCAUUUGACGGUGCCACAAAAACUGGAUCCCGACCUCUAUCAAGCCGAUAAGCACAUCGAUUUGAUCUACAACGAUGGCAGCAAGACGGUGAUCUACUCCACCACGGAUCAGAAGGGUUUGGAGAUAUACUCGGGCGGCGACAUCGGCAGUCUGGUGUCCGACGGCCAAGUGGUGGUCCAGGCGGGACUACCGUAUGCCACCACCACCGGAGCCGGCGGCCAGCCCGUCUACAUUGUGGCCGACGGUGCCUUGCCAGCGGGAGUCGAGGAGCAUCUGCAGAGCAGUGGAAAGCUCAAUGGCCAGACCACACCUAUCGAUGUAUCUGGCCUAUCGCAAAAUGAGAUUCAAGGCUUUCUGCUCGGCUCACACCCCUCGUCAUCGGCGACGGUCAGCACAACCGGCGUUGUCUCCACGACAACGAUCUCGCAUCACCAGCAGCAGCAACAGCAACAGCAGCAACAGCAACAGCAGCAGCAACACCAGCAGCAACAUCCCGGCGACAUUGUGAGUGCCGCUGGCGUGGGGAGCACGGGCUCCAUUGUCUCCUCGGCGGCGCAGCAGCAGCAGCAGCAACUAAUUAGCAUCAAACGAGAGCCCGAAGACUUGCGCAAGGAUCCCAAGAACGGCAACAUUGCCGGUGCUGCAACCGCAAAUGGACCGGGUUCGGUCAUAACGCAGAAGAUCUUGCACGUGGAUGCACCAACGGCAAGUGAAGCUGAUAGGCCCAGCACACCCAGCAGCAGCAACUCGGAGCCACAUUCAGCAUCUGGAUUAGGAUCAGGAUCAGAAUCAGAAUCAGGAUCGCCGAGAGCCAGGACCACAGCCACACUUGAGAUGUAUGCAACCACGGGCGGCACACAGAUCUACCUACAGACCUCACAUCCCAGCACGGCGAGCGGAGCGGGCGGCGGCGCCGGACCCGCUGGAGCCGCCGGUGGCGGCGGUGUGUCCAUGCAGGCGCAGAGUCCCAGUCCGGGUCCCUAUAUCACGGCCAAUGACUAUGGCAUGUAUACGGCCAGUCGCCUGCCACCCGGUCCCCCGCCCACCAGCACCACCACCUUCAUAGCGGAGCCCUCCUACUACCGGGAAUACUUUGCGCCGGACGGCCAGGGUGGCUAUGUGCCGGCCAGCACGAGAUCCUUGUACGGCGACGUGGAUGUAUCCGUAUCUCAGCCCGGCGGCGUGGUCACCUACGAGGGCCGCUUCGCCGGCAGCGUUCCCCCGCCCGCCACCACCACCGUGCUCACCAGCGUGCACCAUCACCAACAGCAGCAGCAGCAGCAGCAACAACAGCAGCAUCAGCAGCAGCAGCAACAACACCACCAGCAGCAACAGCACCAUUCGCAGGAUGGCAAAAGCAACGGCGGUGCCACGCCCCUCUACGCCAAAGCCAUCACGGCGGCGGGUCUAACGGUGGAUCUGCCAAGUCCGGAUUCGGGCAUUGGUACGGAUGCCAUCACACCGCGGGAUCAGACCAAUAUCCAACAGUCCUUCGAUUACACGGAAUUGUGCCAGCCGGGCACGCUGAUCGAUGCCAAUGGCAGCAUACCCGUCAGCGUGAACAGCAUCCAGCAGAGGACGGUGGUCCAUGGCAGCCAGAAUAGCCCCACCACAUCGCUGGUGGACACCAGCACCAAUGGAUCCACGCGAUCGCGGCCCUGGCACGACUUUGGACGUCAGAAUGAUGCCGACAAAAUACAAAUACCAAAAAUCUUCACAAACGUGGGCUUCCGAUAUCACCUGGAGAGCCCCAUCAGCUCAUCGCAGAGGCGCGAGGACGAUCGCAUCACCUACAUCAACAAGGGUCAGUUCUACGGAAUAACGCUGGAGUAUGUGCACGAUGCGGAAAAGCCCAUCAAGAACACCACCGUCAAGAGUGUGAUCAUGCUAAUGUUCCGCGAGGAGAAGAGUCCCGAGGAUGAGAUCAAGGCCUGGCAAUUCUGGCACAGUCGUCAGCAUUCCGUGAAGCAGAGAAUCUUGGAUGCAGAUACGAAGAACUCGGUUGGCCUCGUUGGCUGCAUCGAGGAAGUGUCGCACAAUGCCAUCGCCGUCUACUGGAAUCCGCUGGAGAGCUCCGCCAAGAUCAACAUUGCGGUUCAGUGCUUGAGCACGGAUUUCAGCAGUCAAAAGGGAGUUAAGGGCCUGCCGCUGCACGUACAAAUCGACACAUUCGAGGACCCCAGAGAUACGGCGGUCUUCCACCGCGGCUACUGUCAGAUAAAGGUCUUCUGCGAUAAGGGCGCCGAGCGAAAGACGCGCGAUGAGGAGCGGCGGGCCGCCAAGCGAAAGAUGACAGCCACGGGCAGAAAGAAGCUGGACGAGCUUUACCAUCCGGUGACGGAUCGGUCCGAGUUCUAUGGCAUGCAGGACUUCGCCAAGCCGCCGGUGCUGUUCUCGCCCGCCGAGGACAUGGAGAAGGUAGGUCAGCUGGGCAUUGGCGCUGCCACCGGCAUGACAUUCAACCCCCUGAGCAACGGCAACUCCAACUCCAACUCGCACUCGUCCUUGCAGAGCUUCUACGGCCAUGAGACUGACUCGCCGGACCUGAAGGGGGCUUCACCGUUCCUGCUCCACGGCCAGAAGGUGGCCACGCCGACGCUCAAGUUCCACAAUCACUUUCCGCCCGACAUGCAGACCGAUAAGAAGGACCACAUACUGGACCAGAACAUGCUGACCAGCACACCACUGACCGACUUUGGUCCGCCAAUGAAACGUGGCAGGAUGACGCCGCCGACCUCGGAGCGCGUGAUGUUGUAUGUGCGGCAGGAAAACGAGGAGGUGUACACGCCGCUGCACGUGGUGCCACCCACCACGAUUGGCCUGCUGAAUGCGAUUGAAAACAAAUACAAAAUCUCAACAACGAGCAUAAAUAACAUUUAUCGCACAAACAAGAAGGGGAUUACUGCGAAAAUUGACGAUGACAUGAUAUCGUUCUACUGCAACGAGGACAUCUUCCUGCUGGAGGUGCAACAGAUCGAGGACGACCUGUACGAUGUGACGCUCACGGAGCUGCCCAACCAGUAGCGCUGGCAGUACGUUGGCAGUAUGGGUACCGGUAGCUCCCGAUAACCACACUCAAAACAUACAUACACACACACACAAAUUACGGACACAAGAUGUUGUUUCAAUAAGCCAUUUUCCAUAGAGCCUAAGUCUAAAAUCGUAGUUGUAUCGUAAAUGGGACACGCAACAAAUCGCGUUGCCACGGAAGUUAAGAACGUUAACAUACGAUACGAUAAAAUGUAAAAUGAUAUAUAUACUUAAAAUUCGAUUUAGUUAUUUAGCAACAAUGAGAUUAUCUAAAAUUGUUUGAUCAAAUUUUACAUUCUCGCUAUGUCUAUAGAUAUUUUGUAAGCCCAUAAUCGUAAUUGUAACCGUAACCGUAAUCGUAAUCGUACCGUGUAUUUAUGCUCAUAUAUAGAUAUGUGCGGAGUGCAACAGUGUCUGUCCAGUAGGAGAUAAGUCGAUAAGUCUCGUUUCCGCUCCCCUGCUUAUGCUAAGACCUUAGGUCCAGGGCAAGUAAGAGUUACAGAAUCUAUCUUUUAGGUGUAUCUAACGGAAGCAUUAGCUCUGCACGAACUCUAGACGUAGCCUGAUAAUAUUUUGUAAUCAUUUUGUAUGUUCGGCUUAAGCGUUUUACUUGUUGAAUAUAAAUUGUAAAAUUAUUUUUGAAAAAAACACACACACACAAAACACAAAUCGUUUGUUCUAUAUUUCUGUUUCGAAACUAAAUCGUUACAAUCCCUUUGUCCCCGCACAACUUCCCCCCUCUGUUAUGUAUAAUUAGGAUCUCUGUACACAAAAAAAAAAAAAACAGCUUAUAUAGAUGAAAACUUUGACGAUCAAAAAAUUGGUAAAACUCUCGCGAAGUAAUUAUCCCUAAAUCUAGAUAUACACCUAGAGAUAAGAACACUCUGCAAUAAAACAUGUUGAUAAAAAUCGUACUUAAGUCCAAGCUAAGGCAAAAACAAAAUCGAAAAAAAAAACAACUUAAAAAAAAACAUUUGUGUGCAUUUGUUGAAAAACAAAAAAAUAUCUAAUGAACAAUAAUCAGCCGAGAAAGUUGAUUCAAAACUAAACAAUUAAAUCAAGUAACGAUGAUGACAGUAGCGCCACAAAUAAUCGCAACAUUCGGAUGAAUAUAUAGACACAGAUAUAUAUAUAAUAUGUAUAGGGAUAACACGUCGCAUAGCUCGAAUGCGUUUACAAUCUUUGUUUGCCAUAAUUAACAGUUUAAUUUAAUAAACGAAAAUGUUUUGUGUACAAUGUUAUUUGAAUUCAAGCAGAGACUUCACCGCGAGAUUUGCUUGGAAUUACGAAUACUCCACAUCGAUUGCUACAAUUUUGAACAGUACGAGUUCAAUGCUCAAUAUUAUUAUUAAUUGUUUAUUAAUUGUAAUCUCACUUAACUUUUACGCCACCUUACACCCUAAAAAUGCUCUAUUUUCUCUCUUUGCCUUCCCUUAACUCUUUUGAGAGGGCAAACAUCGUUUUCAACUUGACAUUUCCGGUGUUGUACAUCACAAUUUGUUUUUAAUUCUAGCCCCUAGUUCUAAAUGUACUAUUCAAGAUUAUACAAUAUUAUGAUAUGAGAUGAGAAGAGAGGAGAGGAGAAGAGCUAAGAUAUCAGAGGAUAUGAAAUGAUGAUGAUGAAUCGAAAAUCUUGCCGGCAUGUUAUAAUUCUAUACGUUUAGUUAUCGUAUACUUAAGUUCUACGCUCUUUCUAUAUAUUGUAUACACAAAACAUACACAUAUAUUUUAAAAGCCAAUAAUUUAUUUUUUGUUACUGUUGGAAAACAAUUCCGCGAUAAAUAGAAAAGCGAAAAAAAAACACAAAAAAAUCGUGAAAAUGCAACUGAGAAUAAGUGACAUUCCAUCGUGUGAGAAGUGCAUGUCCAACUUGAGAAA